GUCAAAAUCGAAAACAGUGACGUGAAAGGUAAGAACCUAUUUAUUUCAGGAGGCCCGAAAGAUUUUGCUUUUUUCUUGGUCCUUCUCUCCAUCCCAUCCAGAUGUUUGGUAGCCAUGACACAAGGCAAUGGCACUGAGGCGACCGAAUUCUACCUUCUGGGAUUUGGUGGGCAACAAGAGCUCCAGGCUGGCCUCUUCUUCCUGUUUGUUGGGAUCUACAUGACGUCCAUGGUGGGUAAUACUGGGAUGAUCCUACUCAUCAACACAGACAUCAGAUUCCAAUCACCCAUGUACUUCUUCUUGCAACAUCUGGCUUUUGUUGACAUCUGCUACACAUCUGCUAUCACUCCUAAGAUGCUCCAGAACUUCAUAGUGGAAAACAAAUCCAUAUCGUACAGAGGAUGUGUAAUCCAGGUUUUGGUGUAUGGGACAUUUGCGACCACUGACUGCUACCUCCUGGCAGCUAUGGCCGUGGACCGUUACGUAGCCAUCUGCAAGCCUCUUCACUAUCCCGUCAUCAUGUCCCAGACAGUGUGCAUCCUGUUGGUAGCUGGCUCAUACCUCAUGGGAUCAAUAAAUGCCUCCAUACACACGGGUUUUACAUUUUCCUUGUCCUUCUGUAAGUCCAACAUCAUCAACCACUUUUUCUGUGAUGUCCCACCAAUUCUCACCCUCUCUUGUUCCAAUAUUGACAUCAACAUCAUGCUACUUGUUGUCCUGGUGGGAUUUAACUUGACAUUCACUGUGCUGGUCGUGAUCUUCUCCUACAUCUUCAUCCUGGCCGCCAUCUUAAAGAUGUCUUCUGCUGCGGGCAGGAGGAAGACCUUCUCCACCUGUGCCUCCCACCUGACAGCCGUCACCAUUUUCUAUGGAGCCCUCUCGUACAUGUACUUACAGCCUCCUUCUGAGCGCUCCCAGGAGAACAUGAAAGUGGCCUCCGUAUUCUAUGGCACUGUGAUUCCCAUGUUGAACCCUCUGAUCUACAGCUUGAGAAACAAGGAGGUCAAAGAAGCUGUGAAAACGAUAGGGAAAAAGUUCUUUUGA